AUGUCACUAUCUCCUCAUACUCCGAUCAUCGUUGGCGUUGGCGAGAUUUGCAACCGGUCAACCGCCGUUGAGAAUGCCAUCGAACCAAUGGAGCUGAUGCUCCAAGCUAUUCAAAAUGCCUUUGCGGAUUCCAGUGCACCUGAUCGCGAUGCCCUGGUCGCCGCCGUGGACAGCAUUUCCGUCGUUCCGCCUUGGACCUGGCCAUAUGAAAACCUCCCUGGGCUCUUGGCAGCUAAACUCGGCGCGGAACCAUCGCACCUCCAUCUCGGACCUCAUGGGGGUAAUCAACCGGGAGAGCUGUGUGAUGAGGCGGCUCGGAGAAUCGCUUCCGGACAGAGCAGAAUCUCCAUCAUUGUCGGUGGCGAAGCCUUAGCAUCUCUCGCUGCAUGCCACAAAGCCGGCCGAAAAAUUCCAAAAGGGUGGACAAAGCCCGACCCGAACACCCGGCAGAUCAAAACGGGCGACCUGAGCAUGCUUGGCGACAACGUGGGUACGCUCCAUUCAGUUGGCCUACCCACUCAUGUCUACCCCAUGUAUGAAAAUGCCUUCCGCUCUUUCCGACGCCAAUCGUGCGAAGAAAAUCUCAAGGAAUCCGCGACUAUGUAUGCCGAGUUUGACGAGAUUGCGUAUCCCUUGCUGGUGAACGCAUUCAACACCGUCAAUCUGGCGGCGGCAUGUGUCUUGACAUCCGUAGAACAGGCUGAAAAGCUACGUAUCCCGAGGGGAAAAUGGGUCUAUGUCCUUGGCGGUGCUGGUACGGAAGACAGGCACAACUGUGAGUCUACUCCGGUCAGGUCCAUCAUGGACAAGUGGCUGAGAAUGGUAAUUAAUUAUUUCCAAGUCUGGGAGCGUCCCUGGUACUGGACAAGCCCUGCCCUCGAGAAAUCUAUCGACACCGCCAUCAAAGUGUCCGACCUGACACUAGACGAAUUAGAUGUCUUUGAUUUCUACUCUUGCUUUCCUAUUGUUCCCAAGAUGGCGGCUCGACACGUUGGUUUGUCUCCAACCAGCCCGGCGAAACCUAUCACGCUUUUGGGCGGUUUGACCUCCUUUGGCGGUGCCGGAAACAACUACUCUAUGCACGCCUUGGUGGAAAUGACGCGCCAGCUGAGAAAUGGAACAUACCGCAACGGUCUUGUCCUUGCUAAUGGAGGAAUGUUCACGCAUCAACAUGCUGUUUGCCUGUCCUCCCGACCACGGAAGGGGAACACGCCAUAUCCUGCCGAGAGACCGCUCCCACUAGAGACACCAGGUGUCACGAUCCCACAUUUUGAAGCUCGCCCUGGAGCCGGCGCUGCGAUUAUUGAGACUUACACCGUGGAGUUUAAGCGGGAUGGGGCGCCUCGCAUUGGGCAUAUCGUAGGACGGUUGGCGAAGGACAACAGUCGUUUCAUCGCCAACCAUGGAGAUACUGCUACCUUGGCCAAGCUUGCCAAUCCCAUGGUUGACCAUAUUGGCGGCUUCGGAUACGUAACGACUGGAGACGACGGUAGGAAUCUGUUCUGCCUGGAUGCGGACUCAAAGAUCUAG